AUGGAUUUCAGCCAUCACAAUGCUUGGUUUCAGAGACGAAUGCUUCGAGAGGAAGAGCAGCGGCAACAAGCUCCUGUGCCUAUUCCUCCUAUUGAUGCUGCUGUAACGGACCAACGGAACACAUCCUGUCAUGACACCACAUCCGGCCCGAACAGUGCCAAUGAAAACGAUGUCUUGUCAUUUGGUCAAAGAGUCAAAGGUGUGGGUGACGAACGGCUGCGUUCCUUGGCCAUCACUUAUCUCGCAGCGUACGACAGUGGAAGUAGAUCCAGUCGACGGACCAUUGUAUCUGGAAUGAUCGAAGACGUCCACAGACAUGGCGGUAGAUUUCUGAAGCCACACCCUCGGUCUGUUUCGAAAACAGAUUCAAUGUCGUCGGAUGACGUAAGGAAGAUCACAUGGGUGGAACUUUCGCCAGAUGAAAAGCGUGUGAAGGUAACACAGCUUUUCCGCAAUUUGCGUCGUCGACGGUCUCGACCGAGCGCAAACAGUGCUUCCAAUGCGGCGCUACCAUCGUCGUCACCUGCGGUAAUUGUAGAACAGAUUGGGCCACACGAUGUCUUGUUUGGGCCAAGGCUCGACAAUCCAGGCAACCUGCGACUACGAGAGCUCGUUUUCUCGUUAUCCGACGAGUACGACCGCACCGAUCGUGGACAGAAAAAGAAUUUGGUGUCCCAAUUGGUGGAAACCAUACAAGAGAAAGGCGGUCGUUUUCUGAAGCGCAGUACUAUGGAUUAUGGCAAAUGGGAGGUGGUACCCGAUGAAGCGGCCCAUGAGAAGGUGUCCAAGCAAUUUCGCAAUAUUCGAAGACUGCGGUGA